AUGGCAGCCUCCUGUAACACAGAGCAUUCUCCGGAGAUAACAGCGCCCCUAAAGACACCCAAAACAGAGAUGCCAUCGCCUGAGUCGGAGGAUUUAAGUGACGGGAACUUAUACCAUUCAAACCCUUCGACCCCAAACCGCUUCUCGCCUCUGAAUGUGGGCUCGUCGUGCAGCGCGGGGCGUAUGGCGGCCUCAUCCUCCGCCAACAGCUUCACUGCAUGCCGAGGGAUGUCCUGGACCCCGUCCGAGACCAACGCACUGAUCGCGGUAUGGGGGAACGAGCGGUUGGCCGAAGCGAGAAUGCAGCAGCUGGAGGUGGCUGGGACCGUCUUCUCCGGGAAGGCUCCAGGUCCAGCCAUGUACGAGCGAGUGUCCAGGGCUCUGGCCGACCUGGGCUAUGAGCGGACCCCCUCCCAGUGCCGCGAGCGGAUGAAGACGCUGCGACGCUGCUAUAGUCGGGUGAAAGAGCAUGGCAUUGGUAAGCGAAAGAGCAGCUACACACUGGAGCAGCUGGAGAAAGUGUUUGGGCAGGGGGGCUGGGAUGCUCAGAGUUGUGCCCCAGUGCUCAUUAAUAGCAGUGGCCUGUACCAGGAGAUGGAGUCUGACAGUAGCACACUGGAGGACUUCUCCCAGGAGGACUGGUGCAACCAUGUGUUGGACUCAGCGUUCCAGGAGGGGGACAUGGAGACGGAAGACAUCCAGGUGCCUAAAAACAGACUUUUUCCACUUCAGUCAGUGCUGACAGAGCAAACACAAAAACGGGAGACUAUGCAGACUGUAAUUCGUAUCCUUGAGGCGGUGCCGCUAAAAUGGGAGCUUUUCCACACUUGGACGGAGUUCUCACGGCUGCACCUGUCCAACAAACUGGCAAUCUUUGGUGUGGGCUACAACACGCGCUGGAAGGAGGAUGUGCGCUACCACUAUGCUGAGAUCAGCUCGCAGGUACCUCUGGGCAAGAGGCUCCGAGAAUACUUCAACCCUGAGAAGCCAGAGGGUCGCAUCAUUAUGACCAAGGUCCAGAAGAUGAACUGGAAAAAUGCGUACUACAAGUUCCUGGACAUUACGAUCAGUGAGGCGCGCUGCCUUGAGCUACACAUGGAGGUGGACUGGGUCCCCAUAUCCCUGUCCAGAGCAGCCAGCUGUGGUAAGGGCUCCAGCCACUACCGUCUGCCUGGGGACAUUCCAAAGACUUACGGCCUUUAUGCGAUUGGCUACGAACUCAUGCCAGCCUGUAAUCAUAGUCCUCACACCUCCUCACAAGACGAUGAGCUAAACAUACCUCAGUCAGAGAAUGGAGGGCACAAAAAGGCGGGUGCCAAUGCCACUUACUGCUAUUUGGGCAUUGCUGAGGAGCGCACCCUUCAGCAGAGUCUGUUUCAGCACUUUCAGGCCUCUGGUAAGCACGCAGCCCAUGGAGAGCCUGCCGCUGUCACACGCUUUCUACAGGAGAACUGUAACCCUGGAUCCAGUCUGAACAAUGGAGAGACUGACAGCCCCCCUCAACAAUAUGCCAUUUAUAUCAAGUUUGUGGAGGUAGAGCUAGACUUCUUGUCCGCAGGCUCUCUGCUGGAGUGCCUGGAAACUGCUGUGGGUUAUUCCCUAGAAUUCAACAAGGAGCCAGUGUAA